AUGGGACCGGCAGACAAGAAGAAAAUGAGCUCUAUCCCACGAGCAGCCCAUGGCAGCAAGCCUAUGGCAACAUCCUCUACCGACACAACAUUGCCCGCACCUCCGCCCCGAGCGGCUAUGGUCAACGCCUCCAACACAGACACCCACGAUACUCCUAGCAACACUACGUCAGCAAGCAUCAACUCGGACCAAAAAGACAAAGAUAAAGAAAAGGACAUGCCGUCGUCAACAAGCGGCAACUUGAGCCGCAGCAGCACAAAGUCCCAUCAGCGGGACACGGCUAGCUCGGCGGCUCUGCUGGUCCAGCUGCGGCAGAAGGAGGAGACGAUUGACAAGCUGCAGGCCGAGAUGAACCUGAUGGAGCGCGAGUUCCAGCGCGAACUGGAUAAACUGUCGCAAAACGAGAGCGAGACGGCCACCUUUUGGCAGACAAAGCAUAGCGUGCUGAAUCAGCAAUUCCUGCGCGCGGACACGGAGCUGCGAUUGAUACGGUCCGAGGUUGAGGUUCGCGAUGCAGAGCGGGAGGAGUUGCGGCAUGGCUGGGAAAUUAUGCAGCGCGAAAUUAAAGAAAAGGAUGCAGAGGUCCGAGGGCUGAAAAGCCAAGUGCGCGGUCUAAAGGAGUUUGUUAGCACGAGCACGCGGACGGAUGGACAGACGUCUGACGAAGUGUUUGGGGAUGGCAUGGCGCGGCUGGGGAAUGGAUUACAGAACUGGGUAAUCCAACAUUUCCGAAAAGCCAAGCUGGACCUCGAGAGAGCCUCCGAAGCAAGCAUCACAGAACUCGGCGAACUUGUGCCCAUGUACGAAGAACUCGCCAAGAUUGCCAAAGUCCACCUACUACAGUCUGUGGUAUCCAAAAUUUUGGUAGAUAUGGUAUUUAACGCCUACUUUGUCGGCCUGGAUUCACAGCAAACACAACUAUUCCAACAAAUGGAGGAGCUGCUUGCGCAAUUCUCGCAUUCUGAAGAGCCCGUCAAUCAAUGGCGCGCCAACACACUAUCAUUACUCCACCGCGAUGCUCCUAACAUGUUCAAUACUCCCACUACAACCCUUACAAAUGACGUUGUCACCCGCAUAACCCACCUCCUCACAAGUCUCACCGAUGCACCAGCAUCAUCACCACCGCGAGACGCUGCCCUGCGAGCGCUGAUUGGCAGCGCUAUAGAUCUUGCGCGAUUACUGGCGGUCCAAAAGGCCGUACUUCGAGUGUACAUGCCUGAGAUAUUACCCCAUCAACGCGUCCAUUUUGAGGCGGAUGUGAUGGAGGAUAUUGGCGGCGAGGAGGAGGAUGGGCUAGAAGCCCGUGAGAUUUGGUGCUGUGUGUUUCCAGGCGUAAUUAAGCGCGGAGAUGAGAACGGAGGCCAGAUGCAGUUCCGUAAUGUGAUUUGCAAAGCUAGAGUACUCUGCAGCCCAGAGCCAUAG